GUUGUGAAGCGGCAGCCUAUGCGGCGGCGCGGUGAGAUCGAAAUGGCGACCGAGGGAGACGUGGAGUUGGAGUUAGAGACCGAGACCAGCGGCCCGGAGCGGCCUCCCGAGAAGCCAAGGAAACAUGACAGUGGUGCUGCUGACCUAGAGCGGGUUACUGACUAUGCGGAGGAGAAGGAGAUCCAGAGUUCGAAUCUUGAAACGGCUAUGUCCGUCAUUGGAGACAGACGGUCCAGGGAACAAAAGGCCAAACAAGAGCGGGAGAAGGAACUGGCGAAGGUCACUAUCAAGAAGGAAGAUCUGGAGUUGAUAAUGACGGAAAUGGAGAUCUCUCGAGCAGCAGCAGAAAGGAGCUUGAGGGAACACAUGGGCAAUGUGGUGGAGGCUCUUAUUGCCCUAACCAACUGAUAAUGUGCUUUUUUAGACAUUCUGGACUGACUGACUGACUGAAAUAAAGUGUUCUGUUUUGCUGUUUUUUUUUUUUCUUCAGUUUCAUCUCAGAUCAAAUGCAUUAUAUAUUCUAUUUUAUUGUCAGUUUCUAUGUUGGACCUUGAUGAAACUGUGUGAACAAUCAGUAUAAAGAAGUACCUAAUGUUCAAAUGCA